GGGUUGUAAUCAGCCAUGCAGGCGGCGCUCGAUCGCCUGCUGUCGCGGGUUGCGAUGGCCUCUGUGGGCAUCAUGGCGGGGGCGUCGGCACUGAAUUCUUGUAUUUAUGACAUCGAUGGCGGAAAGCGUGCCGUCAUGUUCAAUAGGUUUCCGAACCCUUUCACGGGCGAUGCGAGUGGCAUUCAGAAGUAUGUGAUCAAGGAAGGAACUCACUUCAAGAUCCCUUUUAUCCAAGACCCCAAGAUAUUUGACGUCAGGACUCGCCCGAGGGCCAUUCCGACUGUUACUGGCACCAAGGACUUGCAGAUGGUCAAUAUCACCCUGCGUCUUCUUUCAAGGCCGUAUAUCGAUAGCCUUCCGCAAAUCUACCAGCAGCUCGGCCUCGACUACGACGAGCGAAUCUUGCCCUCGAUCGCCAAUGAGGUUCUCAAGAGCGUUGUCGCCCAGUAUGAUGCCGAGGAGCUGCUGAAGAAGCGAGAGAUGGUGUCUCGAGAGGUCAAGGAGCAGCUUACUCAGCGUGCUCAUGACUUCCACAUCGUCCUCGAGGACAUCUCGAUUACUCAUCUUACAUUUGGAAAGGAAUUUGCCACAGCGAUUGAAAGGAAGCAAGUCGCUCAGCAAGAGGCUGAGAGGCAGAAGUUUGUUGUGGCGAAGGCGGAGCAGGAAAGGAAGGCCAACGUCAUCAGAGCUGAAGGAGAAGCUGAGGCAGCCAAGAUGAUCUCGUCGGCCCUCAAACAAGGACCGGCGCUUGUUGAGCUGCGAAGAUUGGAAGCGGCAAGAGAUAUCACCACAACCCUUGCCAAGUCCAAGAACGUCGUCUUCAUCCCGUCUGGCUCUUCGCACGGAGGGAGGGGAGGGGAUGCAGGAACGGGAAUGCUACUCAAUCUCAAGGAGGCUUAACAUGGCUGCUUUCUCCAGCUGCGUUAGAGCUGCUAGUCAAAAAGUUUUAUCAGGGGAGAAUGAACCAUGCCUUCUGGGCGUCACU